AUGAAAACUCCGCAAGGCACAUGGAUGACAGAUCUUCGCAAGAUGAAGAUAACGUUGACUGAUAAUACCAGUAACGCCUUACAAGAAACUGAUCCUAGGAUUCAUCUACUUAUCGGAGCGGAUGUGGCUGGUAAACUUUUAAAUGGGAAAGUACAAGUUUUGGCUGAUGGACCCGUUGCAGUUGGUACUCAUUUAGGCUGGACGCUCAUGGGAAAGAUUCCACAGGUACCCAAAGUAUCUGAAUCUUAUUUGUCUAUCAUAUAUCUACUCACCCACAACUUUAACCUUCUAGACAUGUGGAGUUUAGAGCGUAUAGAUACCGCAGAUCCAGUCGAAAGUCAAUCUGCUGUGGAAUUGCAACAAGCUGCACUUGUACAUUUUCACCGUUUAAAAGUUAAUAAUGAGGGAAGGUACGAAGUAACGUUACCUUGGCUCAAAUUGCAUCCCACUCUUCCUGAGGGAAAAGACUUAGCCGAAAGAAGAUUGCGCACUAUAUUUAAGAGACUGAAAACAGCUAACAUCUUAGAAGUCUAUCAAGAAGUCUUACAAACGUGGUUAAAGGAUGGAAUAAUCGAAGAACUGAAAGAAGAUGAGGUAAUAACUCCUGGCCAUUUUUUGCCUCAUCGAGCGGUAGUUAAGAAUUCAGCAACAACGAAAAUUAGGCCUGUGUUUGAUGCCUCUGCACAUACUAAAACCUCGGUAUCUCUGAAUGAAUGUUUAGCGAAAGGUCCGAAUCUUAUAGAACUCAUUCCAGCGAUAUUAACUCGUUUCCGCAUGAAAGAAUUUGCUGUUACAGCAGAUAUAAAACAAGCCUUCUUGAAAAUUAGUAUCUCUAAAAGUGAUAGGAACUAUCUUAAAUUUCUCUGGAUGGAAGACGGGGAUCCAAAUAAUUUGAAAAUAUACAGACACUGUCGUGUUGUUUUUGGACUUACGUCCAGUCCCUUUUUGUUGAGUGUGACGUUAAAAUACCAUUUGGAAAACGCUCCUCUUCAGUUUAAAGACACAGCUUUAAUCUUACUAGACUCAUUUUAUGUCGAUAAUUGUCUUGCUAGUUUUGACAGUGUUAACUAA